AUAAAUAAUAGAUGCGCCUCGGGGAGGCCUAGGAAUCGCGUCCACCCGAGCGCAACCGAGCCAAGUGUUAACCGUUUCUACUUUAGUUUCGUGUGAUUGUCUUCCUUUUUCGCGUCAAAGGCGAUCCCCGUGCACACUAGCCACGCAACACGGAGGAAACCCGAUCCGCUCGGAGAAGUUCCAUGGAAUAGCGACGCAACGAUGAUCGCUAUGAAGUUUUUUCGACUCGUUUUGACGCUCCUGGGAGGCACGCACGUCCUGUGCGCGCAACCCUCCAUCUCGCCCACGGUGAAAAGCUUCGGUGGCUCGAGCCUGGCAAGCGUAGUCGCUGGAAGCAAGCCGACGAAUCCUUUCAAUAAACCCGAGUUCGACGACAUCACGCCACGAAAUGUCACUGCCAUCGUUGGACAAACAGCAGAAUUGAGCUGCUUCGUAAAGUAUCUCGGGGACAGAGUGGUGUCCUGGAUACGUAAAAGGGAUUUACACAUACUCACGUCGUCCAUUUACGCGUACACGGGAGACGAAAGAUUUUCCGUGAAGCACCCGGAAGCAUCCAACGAAUGGACGUUGAAGAUCGAUUAUGUCCAGCAACGUGACGCCGGGGUUUACGAAUGCCAGGUUAACACCGAGCCCAAAAUGAAUUUAGCCUUCGUGUUGAGAGUCGAAGAAAGUGCCCCUGUCCCUGCCACCACCACACCGAACGCCAUUCACCGGACGUUCAACUCAGCCGCUCAAGCGAAUAUCCUGGGUCCGGAAGACGUCUACGUGAAGAAGGGCAGCACGAUAAGCCUCACGUGCACCGUUAAUGUGCAAAGUACACCGCCCAGCAGCGUUUCGUGGCAUCACGGAGGAGCCGUGGUGGAUUUCGACAGUCCCAGCGUUCACCGCAGGGGCGGGGUUUCCCUGGAGACGGAGAAGACGGAAAGCGGCACAACGAGCAGACUCCUGGUGACGCAAGCCAGAUUGACCGACAGCGGAAAUUACACCUGCAUCCCCAGCAACGCGAAUCCAGCCAGCGUAAUGGUCCACGUGCUGAAUGGCGAGCAUCCGGCGGCCAUGCAACACGGUGGAAGCUGCGGCGUGACGCCCACCAUUCUGCUGGCGACCGCGACGCUUUUGAUCGCCAAUCUGCUAAGGUGAGCAGUCUCGUUGUGAACCGUGGCGACUUCGAAAAAGAGGGGGUCGGAACGUUGUGUGAAACGCGACCGUAAAGAGAGACCGCGAUCCCUUUCGACCCACGAACCAUGGAUCGGGAAUAACGGUGAACGAAAAUAAAAGAGAACGAACAGGAAAGACAGGAAAAAGAACCGCUCCCCGCCGGCUCUCGGAGCCGGGGUAAAUCAAUUUAAUUCGCGCGGUGAUCGCUCGCCGUGAAAUCGCCAGCGAUACGAACGAACGGAAAGGAUCGCGCGUGGACAAAGUGCAGCGAACAAUCCCGUGCAAUAUACGCAGCGACGCGAACGUGGAUCUUCUUUUCUCCGGACUCCUUCACAGCUCUCGUUCUCGAUUGGCUGGGUGAUUACGCCGCGAAUUUCGAACGUGUGCAUC